AGCCGCCAAAGUGGAGAGUGCCAUAAGAGAAGGGGGUUCUUCUCGUUUCAGCGAGUUCCUGGGGAGCCCAGGGACCAGCAUCCAGCGAUGGGUCCCUUCCAGAAGCACUAAACGAGAAGUCAACACCUCUGCAACCCCCGACAGAAAUGAGGCCAUUUUCCGCAAAGUCCGAGGAAUUUUGAACAAGCUAACUCCAGAAAAGUUUGACAAGCUAUGUCUUGAGCUCCUCAAUGUGGGCAUAGACUCCAAGCUAAUUCUCAAAGGUAUCAUCCUCCUGAUCUUUGAGAAGGCGCUUGAGGAGCCCAAGUACAGCUCGCUGUACUCCCAGCUAUGUCAGAGACUUGCCGAGGACGCCCCCAACUUUGACGGCCCUCCUUUGGAGGGACCCGGACGGCAUAAACACAAUUCAUCUUUCCGCCGACUACUAAUAGCUAAACUUCAGGAUGAGUUCGAAAACCGCACCAAGAAACUCGAAGGCUUUGACAAUCGUGACUCGCCACUGUCCCCGGAGGAAGAUGAGCAGCGAACCAUUGCUAAGCUCAAGAUGCUGGGCAACAUCAAAUUCAUCGGGGAACUUGGAAAGCUGGACCUCCUUCACGAGUCCAUUCUGCACCGCUGCAUUAAGACCUUGCUGGAAAAGAAAAAAAGAGUGGCCCUCAAGGACAUGGCGGAGGACCUGGAGUGCCUCUGUCAGAUAAUGCGGACGGUGGGACCCCGCCUGGACCAUGACAAGGCCAGGUCCUUGAUGGAUCAGUACUUUUUACGCAUGCAGUCCUUAAUGGCCAAUAAGGAUCUGCCUGCACGGAUUCGAUUCCUGCUACAGGACACGGUGGAGUUGCGACUCAACAAGUGGGUGCCCAGGAAGGCGUUUUCGGACAACGGACCAAAACCCAUCUCACAGAUCAGACAAGACGCCAUCAAGGACCUGGGAGUUUUCAUUCCGUCCCAGCUGCAUGGGAUUGGCCGUUCCGAGUUCUUCCAGGACGAUCCAUUUGCACCAUGGGGGGCGGCGGCCAUGGGCCGGAAGGGGCUUGAGAGGGACCCCCGGGACCCACUCGGUGGGCUGUCCGAGAUGUUUGGACAGAUGCCUGGCCGUGAGCUGGGCACGGGUCCCGGUGUGAUCCAAAGCCGCUUCUCGCCCCCGUCUGCUCGCCACCGGCCAGGCCCAAUGUACAACGGUUUCACGGGUCCCGGAGGAGUGCUGCCCGCGUACGGGCUGGACCCGGGCAAGCUUGCAUACUCACGGGCACACCAGGGUGCUCUGCAGCAGCAGCAGGGCUUCCUGGCAGGUCCAAUGGGAGCUGGCUUUUUCGGGCCCCCUGGAGGAGUGGGGCCUGGAGGGCAAGGAUUCAAGAAGGGCCCUGUCAAUGCAGAUGAGAUCAGCCUAAGACCGGCGCAGUCCUUCUCACUGCUACGCGGCCAGGGAUCCAAGCUGCAAGCGCAGAUUCCAACCAUGAUGCCACCCAGCACACAGCCACCGCGCACACUUACUCCCCCGCUUGGCCCGCCACCUACCCUCGGCCUCAAAUCUGCCCCUCCCCCCAUACAAGAGAAACCUGCCAAAAAAGAGAAGAAAGUACCAACGAAGGAGGAGCUGCUGAAACAAACGGAGACGAUCGUGCUGGAGGUGCUGGGCACGGGCAGCCUGGAGACGGGGGCCACGGCGAUGCAGGAGCUGCGGGCACCACGCCCGAUGCUGCCCGAUCUGGUGUCGCACGUGAUGGCGCUGACGCUGGAGCGCUCGGAUGAAGACCGUGAGAAGGCGGCUGCCCUGCUCUCCGCCAUGAAGCAGCAACACGACCUCGUCACACCCGACAUCUUUGUCAAGGCCUGGUGCGUUCUCCUGGAACGCUGCGCAGAGCUGGAGACGGACGUGCCACUGGUGAAGUCAUCAGCGGCGGGGCUAGUGGCACGUGCUGUGGCGGGCGGGCUGGUGGGCCUGGCGGAGUUGGCGCAACCCCUGGAGAAUGGGGCGCACUUCCCGCUCUUCCUGCUGUGCCUGCAGCAGCUGUCGCGGCUAGUUUCGCGUGAUGAGCUCGCAGAGCUCUUCCAGAGCAGCCGCAUCAACAUGCAAAAGAUGCUGCCCGAAUGUGACCAAAGCAAGGAGCGCAUGUUGGAGAUCCUGGAAGGCAAGGGCCUCUCGUACUUGUUCCCCCUGCUGCACCUGGAGAAGGAGCUCAGCAAACAGAUCGAGCAAGACCCAUCCCCCCAGGCGAUCUACAAGUGGAUCAAGGAGAACGUCCCAGCGCGCUUACACACCGACUCCAGCUUUGUUAACAUCCUCACCGUCAGCUUCCUGCAGUACGUUACACGGGCAACGACACUGGCGCCAGGCUUGGACCCAAGUGUGGCGCCAGUGCGGGACGUGAUGGAAGCAGAGAAACAGCUGCUGGCCUCCUUCAAGCCCGUACUUCAGAAGUUCCUGCACAGCCAGACGAGCCUGCAGGUGGCGGCGCUGUAUGCCCUGCAGGUGCACUGCCACACGCAAAGCUUCCCCAAAGGCAUGCUUCUGCGCUUCUUCAUGAACUUGUAUGACCUGGAGAUCAUUGAGGAGGAAGCCUUCAUGGCCUGGAAGGAAGAUGUCACGGAGGAGUUCCCGGGCAAGGGCAAGGCUCUCUUCCAGGUCAACCAGUGGCUGACUUGGCUGGAGACGGCUGAAGAAGACGAGUCUGAAGAUGAUGAUGCAGAUUAAAAAGGAAAAUGAAAGAAAGAAAUUAGAAAUUUUUAAAAUAUAAAAAUAAGAAAAAAGACUUAGAAAUAAACUUAAAAGACUAGUGAAUAAUCAAAGGGUAACUGUAUUUGAUAUGUUUGAUCAGGCAUUGCAUCGCACACGCACACACGACACACAAGGAUGAGUGUGCCAGGGAAGGUUUUUUUUGCUGCAUCAAAAUUGAAUUACCAAUAACUUGAAAAAGCUGCAGCAUAAAAAAUAUAUGAAAUUAAAUUUUAGAUGUGUUGGUGUUCGGAACAAAUGAUACUAGCAGGAAUGGCAAUGAACUGUAAAAAUGGCCACAUGAGAAAUAAACAUAAGCUUGAACCAUG